AUGGAUAAACGACGAUCCGUCGAUGGGAAUCUGCACGAGCAGGUUUUGCCUAUUCCAGUUCAGAUGUUCCUUUGGCAACAGUUGAGGCCAUUCAUACGUGCGAAAUUAGGCAAGCUGCACGAGGCUUCAUGCACGUUCUGUCAAAACGCGCCAGGCCAUCAUGUAAGUUCGCUAAGCUUGAUGCCUGAUGUUUCCCAUGUUUAUUUUAUGGAAACUAUUGCAACAGAAAAUUUGAAAAUUUUUCUAACUGAUAGUUUAGAACCUGUAUCAGAAUCAUCUAUGAAUGUCACUCGAGAAGGUGUUCUUCUGCACAAUAGGAAGGAUUUUCAAACGCUCGGUGCUAUAGAAACGACGCUCCUUUACAUUCUUCAUUGGAUACUUCUCGAUGCAGCCGAAGAAUGUGCUGAGACCGAGACCGAGGCCGGAAAUCCAUUUUAUUAUUUAUUCUCUAUACCUACAAUGACUCUAUUUGUCUAUUUGUUUGCACCUUUGUGCAAUCAUCUAAAAGACAUCGACUUCAAAACGAAUUUGCGGCUGGAAAACGGCUUGAAAAUAUGGUCGGCCAUGUGUGAAUGUCGUCACCCCGACACACCUUGCUUCACUACUCACUGUCGAAUUAAACCACAGGCGUUAUGGAACCGAUCUUUUAAAUAUUCUAAGCAGCAUCAAAUGUCUGAUGAUGUAUUCGUGGGAGGGAAUAUCGAAAGUCCACCCAGUCAAUCAGUUAGUGCUUUUUCGGACCAAAGUGCUGAUAAACCUUCAUCAACCAAGCAACCCGAUGAUGAUAAUACUUGGGUGUCAUCUCCGAAGGAAACUAUAUUUCCUGAAACCAUCCCCGAAGAAAGUUCUGGUGCCGAGGACGAGCAUGUAGUUAUCUUCAGGUUACCGUCUCUCAGCGAAUCAGAAAAGGCGAUGGACGGGGGCGAAGGUAGCAUCUUUCACGUAGCCAUGGGCCGAACGAAUGAUUUUUCCAAAUCUACAUUAACAAUCGAACAGGUCACAGCGAUUUCAGGACUAGACACUUGCAGACACUAUCAGGAAAAAUCUGUGAACAUGGGAGGUACAGAGAAGGAUAAGACAGACAAAUAUCAUAAAACGGACAAAGAAUCGCAAGAUACUUUGAAAACGAAAGCAUCAGGGACGCAAAAGGUUGAUCCUAGCGAUUCUAGUACCGCAGGGCCCAUAAGCAGUGCCGCUGUUGAUGUGGACAUUCGAUCUGCCACAUUUCUCGAUGUAGCUGCUCUUAGGUGCCUUUUCGUUCCUCAGUGGCAAGAGGAAGGAGUUCAUUGGGCUUUACAAUUUUUAUAUCAUCGAUUACGAAUGAUCAACGAAGAAACGUCAGUACAACAGAUGCCACGUCGUCGCAGCAAUUCCUUACCCAUACCAAAAAUUGAGGUGUCUAUUUAUCAAAGUCCCGAAAGUAAAAAGAAAGACGUACCCAAGGAUUUUAUAGAGGUACCAGACGUUCGGGAGGUCACUUUAUUAACUGGUCACGACUGUGAAACAAAUCAUACAAGACGAGGCAGUGAAAAGAAAAGACGAAUGAAAAUGGCUGACCUUAAGGCGUUUGUUGAAACAAAAUUGUUGUCUAAAUCCGAAAAAGCACUUGAGAAAAUUGGCCAAGACGAACCGAAAAUGCUGUUUGAACAGGAUACACAUCGAAGUCUUGAUAUAGGGGACGAUCAUUUAACGAGACCCACAUCAACCGCUUCGAAAAUCUUUGAAGCAAAGGAUGUUGAUCAUAUCAAACACCCCACGAAUUUAAUAAAAGGGAAAAGCAUGCCGAGUCUAAGCUGCUUGAUUAACGAGCUGACCGCGGGAGGGUAUAUUGGCGAUACUCGCAUCGAAAGGAAGCAAAGUCGAUUUUAUAGUCAAUCAUAUACCGCCCCGAAUCCUAUCAUCACCGUCACGGAACAUACACCAUCUCCAUCUCCGGAUUAUAUGAAACGACAAGCUUCGAUUGAUAGUCAAUUAGAUGUUAUCAGUAUACGUGGUAGUCGUUUAGAUUCCGAAAGGAAACCUAGCCUCACACGAUCGCAGACGGAUUCAAAUAUCACUUACGGUAGUGACGAAGUACCGGAAGCACCAGGAUCUUCCUGUUACAUCACCAAAGAGGGUGAUAUUGACAUACAAGUUGUUUUAAGGGCUGUACAUUCAGUUGCUUUGCGAGAUGGUAACUGUUGCAGUUUGCGAGUAUGUGAGAAUAUUUUGAAUUUGGUAGAACUUUUAAUGGAUAUGGGAGUAAUGAAGCAAUGUCUUCGUGAGGAAAUGACUGGCAGUAUAGAAGAAUCGGCAACUAUAGCAGAAAAAUCAGAAAGCGGAAAGAAGAAGGAAUCUUCUGAAAAUGAACAGGAAUAUCGACAUAGUGCCACGGGCGAGAACAAAUCUAUAUCGCACAGUCUCCUUAUGAGUUGUGUGCUCAGAGUAGUAAAACAUUUAGGCUGUCCAAAUAGCUGUUCAGAAGGAAUACGUGGACAACAGGCUGAUUUUUGUCGUUCCCAAGCCCAAACGAUCCUCGGCAAGUUACAUCGAGCCAGUUCGAAGCAAUUUUCACGAUUCCUUAAGACAAUGGUGCGGGAGCAAACGAUACCAGAAAUUCUGGAAUUCUUUCACGCAUUCGUUGGAUUCUGCGUGGAUCCAUAUCAGAAACGAGGAUCAAACAAGUCCCCGGAAGUUGGAUCGCAAGCAGGAUACAUAACAAAUUAUGGGGUUAAUUUGAUGGGAGCUGCUAUGGUUAUAGGAGGUAUGUUUGGUAAUUCGAAUAUAAGCGGUCAGGGGACAAUGGCAACGGCAGCUUCCACGAAUAUAGCUGCAUCUUACGGCCUCGGUAGCCAGAAUACACGUGGCAUAGAGGGUCACAUUUUUAAUUGCGUUUUUAAGCCGCUAGUUACACGUUUCGUAAAGUCCCUGAAGGAGUUAAAGUCUCAAGAAAACAUAAGUUUAUACUGUGAUCUCCGACAAUUCAUGGCUUAUGUGAAAGAAGUUCAUGGCGGCAUCUUUCGUCGCGUAAUUUUAAGCGGAAUCAUAGAUUCUGCGGAUCGACCUAACAAACGUUGCAACAGCAAUGUUCAAACGACUCGUGUUAUCAGGCAUAUACACCAAUCAGAUUUAGAAGAACACACGGAUAUCGGGGGUGACACAUGUUACACUGUAGACGAUAGAGGAACUCGGAAAUUUCUUUUUAAGAAACGAAGCACCUCUUCUACUUGUGCAAGUCUCCUUGAAACAGAACUGAGCGAAGAUAAUGCAAAAAUUAGCCAAAGUCCUCUAGUGAAUUUACGGAAGAAACAUUAUAUCCUCACGCCAAGACAGAGCGAACGUAAUUUGGGAAUAGAAUCCUUAGGUCCUGGAAAAGUUCGGAAAUCAACUCGUUUUCAAAUUGGUGGUAUGGUCAAUUGCUUUCGGAAGGAAAAUGGUCGAACUGAUUCUACUGACAGUCAUGAAAGUAGCGAAUCACCGACAGAUGGUAGUUUCGUUAGACAAUCCAGUUUUCACUAUGGUCAUUAUCGUAGUGCGUCCGGAUCAGGACAUAGCGUCGGUUUAACUUUCCAAAGGGCGAUACGUCGUAUGAAAGAUCCUCUGACGAAAAUCGGCAUUGGAAAGAGUAAAAAGAAAGAAAGCCUAGAAGAAGUGCCUGGAAGUUAUUUCAGCAGAAGGAAUUCGAUGGAAUCUGGUGAAGCUUCGAGAGAAUCUGAAUUCGUUGUUUUAAAAGAGAGAAGACUAGUACCUCGUAAUGCUAUUCACGACGGAAUGUUAAGAUUCUCGUUCCUACUAGAAACUUGCCAACCAGGCUCGGUUCCCGAUCACUACCUAAUGGCGGCAAUUUUAGAUCUUCCGUAUGCACCGGUGGUGGGACGAGCAUGUUUAUUGUUAGAAUGCGCACAUUUCGUUCACCUGUGCAAUAAGGGACAAUGGCCAACUUGGAUGAAAUUGAAUUUUCCUAUGUUUCGUCCAUCAGUACCUAUUAAUAGUCAAAAUACCUCUACCGUGCUCACCAGAAUUCACGUGAUGCAGCGCACUGCGGGAAAAUUAUUUUACCAAUGGGCGGAGGUGAUUGGCGCACGUCUAGAAGAAUUGUUGCUCGAGGAUAAGCAGAAAAUUGAUCAACUACUAGCAAUGGUUUCCGACGAAAGCAAACAGAGAGACUUAAUUAUUGAAGACGAGGAAGAAGAUUUUCUUGACGAAGCCAGUAUAAACGGUUAUGGAUCUCAGUGUCCAGUCGCGCUACGUCUCAUCGCCUGUAUUCUACUUUUGGAAGUGACAGCGUUUCUAAGGGAGACUUAUCAAACUUUACCGAAGUUUAAUGAACUUCUAACAAAAGAACAUCCGCCACCCAGAGAAACAAUUCGACGAUGGAGCAUGGCACUGUCAUCGAUGGGUCAUUCUCAAACAUCAGCCCAAAGCCUCCAAUCGAUUGUAGCAGAACGCAAAAUUAGUUUUGUUCUUUGCGAACCUGAUAACCAAUCAGAAGGUAGUAGCAAAUCGACUGUUACAAUUCAAGGGGAGGAUUUCCAGAAUGCUGAAAAGGAGAAGGCAAAACGCGUGCAACCACCGCAAGGUCGACCGUUUCUCCUUCGACGCGAUACCACGGAUAAUGCGACCGGUUCUUUUAAAAAAAGAAGUUUGAAACUUCGCCGCGAUACCAAGGAAGGCAAAGACAUCGAAUGCGAGGCCUUUGCAGUAAAACGAGCAGAUUCCAUUCAAUCGAAGAGGAAAGUGAGUUCGUUGUCAGACAGGAGUGACACCUCUGAACCUGGUUUCUGCGGUGAAAUUAGUGGCGAGGAGUCUCCGGGAAUACUGAUAGAUGAUCAACCUCCAGAGAGCCCCAGCGACAGUAAUGAAACAGACGAAACAAAUAAAAAUUUUCCGUGGAUGAAAGUCUUGGUGCAAUUUGCCAAUUCUUUCAACUUCUAUUGUUCUCAUCAGAACUAUUGCCAUCCGUAUUGUCAUCGACGUCAAAUGCGAGCCAGUAGUAGAUUAAUCAAGUCCGUGAAGAAAAUUUAUGGAGAAAAGUUUGGAAUCUUAAAUGGCGGAGGGAUGUUCGAUUUCUAUGCUGAGAAGAAGGAAGCGAGCAAGAAGGACAAGCGGGGUCGCAAAGUGUCUGAGCAGACCAGCACUCAAGUUUCACCUGUACGAAGGAAGGACAGCGUAGGAAAAAAAUACAAAAUUGAGAAAAACAUAGAUGGGUCUCAAUCUGGUCGGUUAACGCAACGGGACUCUUCAAAGGACGUAGCAGACCAAGACUCCGAGAAAGGCAUAGAAUCAUCGAAGAAAUCCGGGGAAGACGAAGCAGAAAAGGAAAGUCCAGCAAUUUUGAAGUAUAUCAAGACUCAAGUAAAAAAUGUGUUUCAUGCACCAUUGGCCACGUUGGUGAAGGGAGCUGUAGUAAUGACAGAAGAAUUGUUCGUGGACGUCUUACCUGUCGCCUGGGAACUCUUGUUGGAAUCCAAUCAAGAAGUCGCAGCUUCAGCCGCUUCCCUCUUUAUAGUCGCAGCCGUACGAGCUCCUAACCAAGCGAGCGAACUGAUGCAUCAUGGUCUCCAACACAGCGUCGCGAGCGUGCGAAUAAAUGCGAUAUUACGGUUUCAAGUCCUGUGGAAGCUACGGUAUCAAGUAUGGCCACGCAUGGAAGAAAAUGCUCACCUCACCUUCAAGGUCCCUCCGCCAGGAAUAGAAUUCACUUUGCCUUCCCCGAAAAUCGGCAUCGAAUCCUUGCCCGUUGUCGAUCCACCGUGGAUGCCCCAAGUGAAAACAAAGGUGGAAGAAGUGACAAUCAAUCAGGAACAUCAUAGGUCUCUGGUGACGGCAACGAAAACUCGUAAGAAGCAGCAAACUGAACUCAUAAAAAAGGCUUUACAGGCGCAAGACGAUAAGAAACGCGAAGAGAGGGAGAACUUUUUGAUCACGACUAUACCGAUUACCGUGCAAGCGGCAUACGAACCUAGUCCAGUUGGAGAUGACCACGAUGAAGGAAAUGUUGGGGACGAAGAUGGAGGUGAAACAAUCGCCCGGAACACAUCUCAUCACAGUCAAUCUGCACCAUCGUUGUUCCCGUCUUCCUUAUGUUCUGCGAUCGUCCAGAUUAUUCACUUACUUGACGAUGCUGCCGUAUCUGACGACGGAAGUGCUGUUUACGAAGUCGCGUAUCAGGUAAUCUGGAAUUGUUUAGUGGAAGAUAGCGCAUUGUUUCUUCGCUACGUUUUGGAACGUCUUACAAGAGACAAGCAGGAGCUGAUGUUUAAAAUUUUAAGACAUCUAAUUCGAUUUGUGCCGAAGUUACCGCAACAAGCUGCCUUCGCCUUGUACAAUUAUAUAAUCGGAUACGUUAUGUUCUAUGUGCGUUCGCCGCACGAAGAAGGUCAGAAACUAAUUGGAACCGCACUGUCUAUAUUAUGGAUGGUAGUACAUAGUGUUCAUGGAAUAAUGUUUAAGGAUCUGAAACAGAUAUUAAGAAAAGAACAAUGCGAUGCUUCGAUUUUGUUAACUGCAAACGUUCCAUCGGCAAAAAAGAUCGUAGUUCACGGGCCUCAAGAGCCGGACGCGGGAGGAAUUCCUACGCAAUUCCCAGUACAGGAAGAUACACAAUUCUCUCAAAUACUUCGAGAGUCCUUGGAGUUUUUUGGUAUAGACGAAUCGAAACGUCGGGAAUACUUCUUUGUCGACUAUAAAACACAUCAAAUCCGCAAUCCAUCGUCGUACGUUCGAGAUUAUUACUUUUUUAAGGGCAGAUCUCAAUUCUCUGAAAUCGAAAUAGUUCAUAUGAAGCCAGAAGAAGCAUUCAAUGCUUUACAACGCCAGGAGCUCAUUCAUAAGUUUGUCGAAAUUGGAAAGGUUUUAUUGACUUGGGCGAUUUUAAAGAAUGUUGACAUGGUGGUCCAAAGGGUAGUCUUCCUUCAUGAAGAAUUAAUGAAGUUGCCGUCGUUUCCCAGAAGGGCGCUAGAAGCAGACUUGGAUUUGUACAAGGGUGGCGAAAUUGGCAGAGAACUUCUUGGUUUAGACGUAAUGCACAAAUUUAUGUGGGUCAAAUUGAUCGCAAGAAUGUUCGAGGCGAUGGCUGGCAAUUUCGCUUAUUCGGGUGACAUACACCUAUUCUUGAACGUUUUAAACGGCGCGAUAAUACUCCAUAGUGAGGAUUCUUGUAUUUUACGUUACGUUGUUGCAACAUACAUAAAUGGAGCGCACAACUUCAAGAACAUUUUUUCAACUAAUGGAUAUCUGCUGAUUAUGCCGACGCUGUUGCAAUUAUACUCAACUCAUCAGACGAACAAAUUAGUGACAACCACCGUGGAGUACGCUGUUAAACAAUUCUAUCUAAUGAACCGAAAACCAUUUAUCCUUCAAAUGUUUGGAAGUGUCUCUACAAUAUUGGACACAGAUGAAACCAGCGUUCACGGAGAAGCGCACAAGGUUCCUGCCACGUGUCUAUUUAACUUGCUAUUAAGCUUGGAGACCCCAUCACCAGACCCUUUAAAUAUAGACGAAUUGGUUAAAGAAGAAAAGCCUUUGAAAGCUAUUGACUUUUGUUAUCACGAUGAAAAUGAAAUGGUCAACGUUUUAGAUUGCAUAUCCCUUUGCGUGAUGGUAAUUGCUUACGCGCCUGAUUCUGUUAGGGGACAACAAAUGUUGAUUAUAUUAGAAGCGAUACUACCAUGUUACGUUCAACAAAUCCAAUCUUCAACGUAUAAUAAAGAAGGAAAAACAGAGAAAGAAAUAAUAAAUCAGUUGGCGAUCGCUGUUAAAACCUUGGUUAAUAAUUCAGAAGCGCUAACGAAAUAUUAUAACGGACCGCAAAAAUCGAGUCCCGAACAUAAAGGAUCUAGUCAACGAAACUAUGGCAAAGGUCCAUAUUCACCCGGUUUCGAUUUCGAGGAUGAACCUCACACUACAAAGUAUAUAGAGCACUCUAAAGUUCGAAACGUUUACGAUCGAGAUACCGACGAUGCUGAAAGUUGCCAUAAAAAUGAAUUUCGUCGACCGAGGGAUACUCUGCUGAACAUGGUGGGAGAUUUUGUAGCUCGAUGCUCGUCUCGGCUGGUAGAGUUAAACAAAAAAUCUCAAGACGGAAAAAUGAUCGAAUUAUUGGAUUCAAAAUGUCAUAUACGAUUAGCAGACAUCGCGCACACACUCCUGAAAAUAUCUCCAUACGAUCCGGGAACAAUGGGUUGCCGUGGUUUAAGAAGAUAUAUGAACGACAUUUUACCUUCCACCGAAUGGUCCAACGACGAUAUGCGACCCGCAUUGACUAUAAUUUUAAGGAGGCUUGAUAAAACAUUUAGCAAAAUACAUAAGAAAGCCUCUAUCCGAAGAAAUAUAGAUUGGACAGCAGCGAGUGAUCUCUUGAAAGGAAUUUUUGAAACACUAUCCAGAUGCCCCUACAUCGCACAUUUUCAGUAUUUGAAGACACUACUAAGCACCUGUCAGUCGUUAAUUAUUGGAGAUACACCAGCGGAAGAUAUGAAUUCAGCUUCGGCGACUACUUUAAUAAACAAAAUUCCGCCGCAACAUUUCUGCUCGACGGUGCUUCGACUGAUAGCCCUUCAUGUUAUAUCACUCGGCGAAGGAUACUCACUCGAGAACGUAUGUGGCGGUCACUCUAUAUUUGCUACACAAACUCGAACAGAAAAUACCCUACUUAACUUAUUAAUACCUCUGUUCUUACGCGUGGGAACUGGAAGAAAAGAUGUACCGAAGUUAAGGCAAACGGACAUAAAUUUUGCCCUGACCGCGGUAUUGAACGCACUGUGGCCACCAAGUACAAAGACCGUGCCAAUAACCGCCCAAAAUUUAAAAACAACAACAGACAUGAGAGCGGGUAGUUUAACAUUUGUAGCGCGAGAUUCAAAGACUUUAACAAAAACGUCAUUGACGUUAUAUCAAGUGGCCUUUUUAGCUUUGAAGAUAAUGACGAUAUGCUUCGAAACGGAAUUAAAAACCGAAUGGCCGAAAGUAUUACGAACAAUGCGUUUAUUGAACAAACGAAACGAAGCUUCCACCUAUCUUUGGAAUUUUAUAGAAUUCGUAGUAACUCAUCGAACCGCUUUGUAUAUUCAAAUGCUUCCAUUUAUCGUGCACAAAAUCGGCCAGGCGCCUAUUUCGGAACACGAGAGGAACAUGCAGAGUAUAAUACGUGCAAAAAUGAAUGGUGACACUAAAACGGUACCAACAUCUCGUAGUACUCUGUUAACGGAUCUUAUACACGAACUGAAAGACCUCAAAGAAGAAAUAGAAGAUCGAAGAUUCGAUGAAAUGCAACCCGAACCGAAGAGAAGCGUAGCAGACAUGCACCCCGCAAACGAAGGACAACCACGUACCCAGCGGCCAUCGUUGCUAAUCGAUCUUUUGACUGGGGAUCACGGAUCCAGAACUCAUACAAAUCGUACGCCUGCAGAGACUCCGAUCUCCCAUUCCGCAGCUCCGCAGUCAACCCCACAUUCGACUCAUCAGUCGAAUUCGUGCAGCACUAUUAAAACGACGCAACCAAGUCUAAUAUCGGCACCAUCAAAUGGUAUACACGUUGCACGCGGAUCAAUUUCUAGUACAAGCGUGGGUUCAUCUACUGUUCGGGAAGCCAGCGAAGUAGGCGCAACUGAACAACAUACAGAACAACGACCACCCACAGAUAAAUCCCAACCACCUUCUACUAGCGAUGAACGUAACCAUGUUAAGCUUCAUCCUAUAUUAACUCAUCAAAAGGCGCCAAAACUGCGCUUUCUCUCUUCUGUAGAAUUUAGGCACUCAUCAGGAGUGACCAUGAUGAGUCAGCUCAGUCCAACCAGCCCAAACGAGGACAGUUCAGGCGAAUCCCGUCCAGACAAACCUCGAUUACAACGCUCUAUGGGCCAAAGCAAGAAGACAUUCCGAUUGAGAAAGAGUCGAAGAACACACAUUGAAGUGCCACAACUGAAACAAGAACAAAGUGAAGGAUCUUCAAUUGCACGACUAACGACUCAACCCGUAGUUCUAACGCCACCAACGUCGGCAAUGGAACCAUCAACUUUUAACAUUCCUUCAGACUCAUCAUCCAUUCGUUCAAGACGAAGUUCAUCUAUUCGUCAAUCAGAUUGUGAAAGAAGCAAUAUUGCGCCAAACGAUCAACAACAAGUUCACAGUAACAUUCAUCACCAUCAUCAUUAUUCGCACCACCAUCAUUACCACCUUAGCCUUCAAACUUCGGAUGUCUCAUGGGAUGAAGAUACAUCUAGUACAUCAGGUUACCGUGAAUCAUAUAGUAUGCAACUGGUAUCGUUAGAAAGCAGCAACAAUAAUAAUAGUCAGGUCCAAGCACCGCCAUUGGCGUCACCAGACUUAAACGACAUGCCAUCGACAAGUAGUACUACGACGAACGUUAUAGCUUUCGAUGGUAGCUCACCAGAUUGUUCUAUCAAUGGAAGUGGAGGAGAAAAAACCGCUCUAUUGACUUCUAGUCAAAGAACAACCUCUCAACAUUCACUACUAAUAGUAUUUCCAAAUCAGGAUGAAGACACCCUGAUAUAG